AUGUCCACCAUCAAGAAAGUCGCUGUUGCCGGUGCAUCUGGCUCUCUGGGCAAGCACAUCACCCAGGCUCUCCUCGACGCAGGCUUCGACGUCACCGCCAUCUCCAGACAAGACUCGUCCGCCAAGUUCCCCUCGGCGGUCUCGGUCAAGCGGGCGGACUUCAGCUCGGUCGACAGCAUCGCAGAAGCCAUCCGAGGCCAGGACGCCUUCGUCUCCGCCCUUGGCACCAACGCUGCCGUCUCCGGGGCACAGAAUCCCCUCGUCGAUGCCGUCAUCGCGGCUCAUGUUCCCCGGUUCGUGCCCUCCGAGUUUGGGGUGCCGACGCGGAAUCUCAACGGGCAUAAGAUAGGCAAGCUGCUCGCCGGGAAGAUUGAGACCACAGACCGCCUUAUCGAACUCAGCAAGAAGUACGACUGGUUUAGCUGGACUGGGAUUUCCAAUGGGCUCUUCUUUGACUGGUCCAUCGACCUGGGCAUAGGAUACAACAUCCGUGAUAAGACGGCAACCGUCGUCGACUCGGGCGACGAGCCCUACUCCACGUCAACGUUGCCCUUCGUGGGACGCGCCGUGGCGGCGGCUCUGAAGAAGCCCGCGGAGACGAAGAACAAGUUCCUCCACGUGGCCGGCAUCACAACGACCCAGAACGAGGUCGUGAAGGUUCUGCAGGAGGCGACGGGGCAGGAGUUCAAGAUCACGAAGGUACGCAGCGAGGACCUGGACAAGAGUGCCGAAGACAAGAUCGCCAAGGGGGACUUUGGAGGAGCUUUCUCCGAUUCGCUGUUCCAUUAUCUCUUUGCCGACGGGGGCAAGCAUGUGCUACAGCCUGAAGAAAGAGCGAACAAGCUGCUUGGGUUGGCCGAUGAGGACGUAAAGCAGGUUGUGGUGCGACUUGUCAAGGAGUCUGCGGCUAAGUGA